AUGGCCGCCAAUUCUGGCAAGUCUUGUGUUCAAUCUUCCUCGUCGGCGAGCACAAGCGCCGGCGCAUUUGUCCUAUCCUACAAUACGCCUACCGUCGGACUCGGUUGUCGAACAGGCGGAUACCUCAUUUUCUUCGUUGUGGCACUCGUGCUGCUUCUUGCUGAGAUAGCGGUCUGGUGGGGUACAUCUCCGCUGAGAAAACAUGAGCAGUUUCAUGAGCGUCUGGAGCAGUAUACAAGGCGUCUUGCGAGUCGUCAUCACAGGCCAAAACAUACGUCGCUGCCUGGCCUGGCUUCGCCAAAGUCGACUCUCUCGUACAUGCUCGGAAUGAUAGAGUCUGCCGUGACGCAGCUUGCGAUGUUUCCACUACGAAUACUGCCUAGUAAGAGCAAGAAGAAAAAGCUCGAAGCCACUCGAGCGCGACUGAAAGAUCACUUCGCAACUCUGCAGAACCUGACGACGCGUAACUGGCUGCAAAGGGCCUUCUUCACGCCGCUCGAAUGCUUCAACAUGGCCUGGGCAUGUUAUUUGAUCUUCGCACAAACAAUCGGCGCAUUCAAUAACUGCGCCUGCAUGACCUCGACCUGGGCUGGCGUCGGCGGCUAUCUUGAUUUCACACAGUUCAAUAUCGCCAAUGGUUCACUCGUGGAAAAGUACUGGAUCCAAGGGACGGCGAUAACUUGCGUAGUUAUGGGUUUGGGCAUGGGGUAUAUUGUCCUCGAGUGGCUCAUGCAGGCUCAUCUCAGCACUGAAGAUUACAACGAUGCUAUGGCGGGCCUUCGUCAUGUCCGGCGCUUUAGGCGAUUUACUUACUGGGUGCGAUAUCCAUCAUCGUUACUUGCAUCUUUCAUGGCCAAGAUGCUCGGGACGCACAUGGGGAGGCGAUAUGAUGAUGAUCCCGAGCCUUCACCAUACGUCUCGCAGUCCGAUGCUUAA